UAAAUGCAAGCUUCUAUAUAGAAAUUUUGCUUUUUUGUAUCUCUUCUUCUCAAAGUAUUGAAGGAAAAGAAAUUCAAUGGCAACUGGUUAUUAUGGUAUGAUAGAAGAACUUCAUGUGGUGCUAGUUGAUCACGAACAAGAGAAUACUACUGAAAUGGUUGAUUUGCUGAAGUCUUACGACUAUGAAGGAUGUUUCCCAAAGGACAUAGUGGAGAUUAUGAAUGUGCCUGGUCUUACUAGGAUGCAGUUGGUCAUCUACAGGUAUAGGAGCUACAAGUACUGGAGGAUUCAUCAGAUAAGACUUUAUGUUCUUGAAAGCAUUGGUACAAGCUUGUCCCACUCAAAAGGAACAUCUUUCUUCAUAAGGCGAUUGAAUGGUUGACAUCGCCUAGCCAUAUUUGAGAUAAACCUCCAAAGGGAUCAGUGCUCCUCCUCGUUCUCCUCCACGUGGCUAGUUGGUAUUCCAUUAAAGACUACUUUUGGUGAGUUCCCAUGUUCCGGGAACAAUACUCCUUUGUCUUUCUAGUUUAUGAUAUGUUAAGAUAUUUUACUAUGGCAUUUCUUCUAUUAUGAUUGAGGGUGAGCUAGGGACUUGUCUUAGCCCCGUUAAAUCUAAUAGUUAGAGGUAUUGUUGGACAUAUGUAAGUUGAAGAUUUAUUAUGAUUUCCGCUUGUUUAUUUAUCAUCAUUACCUAUGAAAGGCUAAAAGAAUGCUAAGAGUCUUGUUUGAGGUACUUUCGGGUUCCUCAU